AAUGGUUGAUGUUGAAGUUGCUUCCUCGCUUUCAUUUGAAUAUCGACAGAAUAAUUUACUGUGAUCUACACCAAUAAAAGAAGAUUUAGAGUAACAGGAUAUUUUUCAUCAUCAUGACGGACUUGUUCAAUCAUUAUGAGCAACAGUUCGGGAACGUCAGCGCCGAAAUAACAGCGCGUAUUUGCAAGAUUCCCAAUCUACAUGGAACCGCUAAAAAGGGUGCUGUAACGGACGUGGAAAGAUGUUUUGACGAAGCUCGAGAAUUGAUUGAACAAAUGGAAUUGGAAGUUAGAGAAGUAACAGGAGAAGAAAAACCCAAAUUGACAAAUAGACUCAAAGCUUACAAGAAUGAAAUGAAAAGAUUUGAUCAAGAUUUGAAAAAAGCAAAAGUAGCAUUCUCUGAUCAAGAGGGUAGACAUGAACUCCUCAGUGGCGAGGAUUCGCAUAACUCUGAGGAUCAGAGAGCCAGAUUGUUGGACAACACUGAAAGAGUGGAACGAUCUGGGAGACAACUUGAGGAAGGUUACAGAAUGUGUGUAGAGACAGAACAAAUAGGAGUUGAUAUUAUGAAUAAUUUACAUAGAGACAGAGAAGUCAUAGAGAGAGCAAGGGACAGGACUCGAGCAACAGAUAAGAAUCUAUCAAAAAGCUCAAGAAUUUUAACAGGAAUGAUGAGAAGGAUAAUACAGAACAGAAUAAUAAUGGCUGUUAUCUGCCUGGCAAUACUGGGUGUCAUUGGACUGAUCAUAUAUUAUGCUACCAAAUAAUAUCACUUGGCUUUAGGUACCUCCAUUCUGGAUUUCACAAAUUUUAAGUAUAGAAUUUAAUCUGAAUUUGUUGAGAAAAGACAAGUUUAAUUUGGGAAAGAAUGUAAAUACAUAAGUCAGAGUUACGAAACAAUUUAUGGCUGUCUGAUAUAAAAAUUCACUUUUUGAAGUAUUUUUUGUUUUUUCAUGUUAAUUAAAUUGACCACUUAGGAAACAGCCAUUAGGUUCAUAUUUAAUCUAAAUAAUCUCUCUACAAGUGGAAAUUCUUGGUUGUAAACAAUUACACUUGUAUUUUUAAUGCAAAAACUCUGCAUAAAGUGGAUGCUGGAUCAAGAUCCAAAUUUCCUCGCAAAUUGAUUCACUUUAGAAGCACAUAAUUGAAUAAAAUCUUGCAUUCUGAUUGGUUAACAAAGUGAUGUAUGUAGCAUGGAAUUGCGAGUUGAA